UAAAAACAAAAGAAAAAAAAAACAUCUAAAGCCCGCUGUAACCUUUCUCUCUCUUUCUCUUCAUCUCUUUACCAUGACAACCGUUGCUCAGGAGAAUUCUACACCUUUAAAUGGCUAUGUCGGUUUUGACACUAUUACUCAACAAAUUGAAAAAAAGUCAAUCAAGCGAGGAUUUCAGUUCAAUGUGAUGGUUGUUGGUCAAACUGGUCUAGGAAAAUCAACACUUGUCAACACACUAUUCGCUUCUCAUCUUAUUGACAGUAAGGGCAGACAACAAGUCGAAGAUUUAACAAAGCAAACUACUCGAAUUGAAUCUGUAUCUCAUGUUAUUCAGGAAAAUGGUGUACGUCUCAGACUCAAUAUUGUGGACACACCUGGCUUUGGUGAUCAAGUGGAUAAUGAAGAUUGUUGGGAGCCUAUUAUCAAGUACAUUAAAGAUCAACACUCUGCCUAUCUUCGUAAAGAAUUAACUGCUCAGCGUGAAAGAAUCAUUCAAGAUAACCGUGUUCAUUGUUGCCUUUAUUUCAUUACACCUUCUGGUCACUCAUUAAAACCUAUUGAUGUUAUUGUUCUCAAAAAGCUUGUUGAAGUUGUCAAUGUUGUGCCUGUGAUUGCAAAAUCAGAUUCACUUACUAUUGAAGAGCGUGCAGCAUUCAAGAAAAGAAUCAAUGAAGCAUUAGAAUUCCAUCAAAUUGAUUUAUAUCCCUAUGAUUCAACCGAAGAUUAUGACGAAGAAGAACGUAUGUUGAAUACUAGUAUUAGAGAACUCUUGCCUUUUGCUAUAGUUGGUUCAGAAAAACAAGUGGUUGUGGAUGGAAAGGCAGUCAUUGGUCGUAAAUCUAGAUGGGGCACAGUGAUUGUUGAAGAUGAGAACCAUUGUGAAUUUGUCCAUUUGCGUAACUUUUUGACCAGAACUCAUUUGCAAGAUUUGGUUGAAACAACAGCUAUGGUUCAUUAUGAAACCUUCCGCUCAAAUCAAUUGAUGGCCUUGAAGGGAGCUGUCAGUAACCCAAACAGCGCCAUGAACUCACCAUCCACUGAAAGUCCUGCUCCUUCUGGUGCUAUCCCCGCUAAAGCCUUUCCUCCUUUUGCUUAAUUAUUUAUUGUGAUAUCUAUUUGAAAAAAAUAUAAUAAAAUAAAAGCUUUUGCCGUGCAGUGGUUCAAGUUCCGUUUUAUGCAAACGUCUUUUGUUGAAAAAGGGAGAUACAUCGCAAAAAAUAUUAAGGCAAAGUGCCCAUCGAUGCUAG